AUGGUUUUUCUAAAUAACAGAGAUGAAUAUUUACCAUUCCUGAAAGCGCCAGGAGUAAGAAUGCAAACUCCUCUAGUGAACAGCGUGACGACGACCACAUCAACACUGAAUCGCGACGUUGCAUCACAGGUGCAACAACAGCAGCAGCAACAGCAACAAUUACAGCAGCAGCAACAACAGCUUGGGAACAACAAUCAGACGAACAAUAACAAUAACACCAAUACUCUCAUCAACAACAAUAGCAUCAGCAACACUUGCGCGGCACUAAACGUGAGCAAUAAUAUCAACAACAACACCACGAACAGCAUAAACAACAAUGGACAGCCCCAGGUUGCCAGGGCGCUGCUCAUUUGUCGGCCGAACUCGCAUCCCUUUAAUAAUCGAACACUUUAUCUUGAGCCUGGGGCCCAAGCAAAGGUAGGCCGAUCGGUUGCGAGGAUUCGCGUUUCGGAGAACAAUGCAAUCUUCGACUGCAAGGUGCUGUCGCGGAAUCAUGCCGUGCUGUGGUAUAAGGAUGGCCGUUUCUUCAUCAAGGAUACGGCCAGCAGCAAUGGUACGUUCAUCAACAAUCUUCGCCUCAGCCAAACAUGUACAGAAUCGGAACCGUACGAGAUCAGCUCGGGGGAUAUUGUGCAGUUCGGAGUGGACGUCAUGGAGAACACGCGCCGCGAAACACACGGUUGCAUUACGGCCACGCUUAAGCUCUUCCUGCCGGAUGGCCGUGAAACGAAGGCAAGCCAGAAGGUGGGAAUCGGCGGUCAGAGCGCCAUCAUCCCACCGGUCGAUCUGUAUCGUUUGAACCAGUACAUUCAGGAGGCAAACCAGCGGGAACAGAUUCUCGAAACGAAGCUGAUCAGUCUGCAGAAAAUGGUCGAAUCCACAAAGCAAAAUUCCUUUCUUGGGUGGCAGGCGAUGAUCGACGAGGAUCGGUUGCUAAGCCGGAUCGACAUGCUGGAGAAAAAGUUGCAGUUCUGCCAGAAAAACAUCGCUGAGGAUAAGCUGCGGGAGGAGCUGCUGAAGCUUGUGGAUGAGAAGGAGGAAUAUCAGAAAGCGGCCAAAGAGGCUAUGUACAAACUGCACCAGGAGCGCCACGAGGCCGUUCACAAGCAGAUUUCGCUCGGGAAAGCACUAUGCACCAGCGAAGAUGAGUGCUCGCUGCUGCGCGAGCAGCUCAACAAAACCAAGCAUCAGCUGCAGGAAAUAACCGUCUGCAUGGACGCACUGAAGAGCCAGUACGAUGAAAAGGUUGCUUCCAGCGAGGAACAGCUUAAGGCUAAAGAGUCCGAAAUCACGAGUCUUACGCAUAAGCUGGACCAUUUCGUUGACGUUUAUGCGAUUGCUUCAUCGGAUGACGAACAGCAGCAGCAGGCGCAAGUGAAUAGAUCAGCUAUGUCAAACUGGUUAAAGAACUCGGAUAUUAAAAAAUUAGAAGGAUCUGAAGAUAUAAUUAAGGCAAUUUGUAACGAUACUGAAAACGAGAUUACAAACAAUGAUUACACAGAAGGAUUGACAAAACUUCAACGACGCAUUAAUACGCUUGAGAAAAAUUUCACGUUGCUGUUUGGAAAUGGCGCACAGACAGAAAACGGCGAAUCAAACGAUAUGGAUAGCGAUGUAACAGAUCCAUGUACAGUAACGGGGACAACGCAUGUAACAUCGGCAUCGGCCGCCGGAGUAAAGAUAGAAGACGGUCUGUGCGACGUAUCUGCAGAGCACGUGGAUGAAAACGGACCGCCAACACUCCAAGCAGAGUGCGAUGGCAAUCAGAACGAUGUGAAUAGCACAACCACGACCGCCGGCAGCAAUGGUAUUGGAGACAACAGUGAUAUUACGCAUUCUAUUCAAUCGGACCAGGCACGUGUUGGAUCUGAGCUGGAGAAGCAAGAGCAUCUUGUAUGCAGCGCAGCAGUGCCUGCCAAUGGACCGGCAGAUCAAAUCAAUCAAAACGUGCUGAAACGUAACAUCCGUGUAAUCAAGAAUGACUGCAUGACGCUGUUGAGACAAGUGGAACGCACGAUAGCUCAGAAGCAAUCGGAACAAAUCAUUCAAAAGGCCAAGUACGACGAGCUGGAGACGGAGCUGUUGGCUUUCAAGGCGGAACUGGAGAGCCGACCAAAGCAGGAUGACCUCGAUCAGAAGCAACAGGUGUGCGAUAACCUAACAGAGAAUCUUUCAGCUCUGAGGGAAGAAGUUGAAGAACUGCGUAUGUUGAACAACCACUGUCAGCAUGAAAUGGAGCGUAUGGAAGAAGAACUGAUGAAGCAGAAAAAUAUCGAAAACGAAAAGAUUAGCGCAAUGGCGGCGGCCGCCACUGUAGCAGAACAACAGGACUCUGCUGCUUCCGUUUCGGUGGUAGUCAGCAAAGAAAUUACUCGGCAGGAUGGUGAUGAAGUCGAUAUCGAAAAAGAGGAGCCAAUGGAGAAGUCCUCGUUGUCUAUGGUAUCGUCCUCAAAGGGCGAGGAGGCUGCUCAAGAGGUAGGACAGGAGUUGCUGAUGAUACCGCGAACUUUGCUGGUUGUGACGCAAAACGCGCCGGUAGCGGAAAUGCCGUCCCCGGUGACAAUACACUCGGUGCCGAUGAUCGAUGUGGAAACGCAAACCGAUGCGGCUGAGACUGCACCGGUUUCCCCAAGAAUGUCAGUACCAGUUCUACCUCUAACGACGGUUGAGCAGAGCGCAGCAGACAUGAGCGACGGGGGUGAUGCUUCGAUCUGCUCCAACCUCGACGACCUGGAAGAGGACGAUGACGAAAAAACCGAAACCAUCGAUGCCACUACCGCGUUCUACAAUGUGCCACCGAUGGAGACAUUGAAGUCCCCCGAAGAGAAUGACAAUACGAAGCUAAUGGAUAGCGAGAGCAGCACACACGACUACGCUAUUAGAGGCACUGGGCCGCAAUUGAAAGGUUCCGGUGAUGCCCAUGGCGGCGAUACUAAGCCUUUCUCGGAUACGAUCACGAUCGAUUACGAGCUGGAGUUAAUCAACCAUCCGGAUGUGCAGCGCGAAGAAGAACUGGUUGCCUUCAAGGAGAAAUAUUCGCAUUUAAGCGAGGAAAACGUUCGGCUGAAUCAGCAGUUGCAGCGGAUGAACCAUGAGCUGAGCCAAUCCCGGCACUGGUCUGCCCUGCAAUUGAUGGCGUACAUCGCACCUAUUGUCGCCAUCUUUGGCUAUCUGUUGCUAAAUCGGACGUAAUCGAAACGACAGCGUUUGAACCGGCCAUAGGCUUGGUAUAUAGAACUACAGGCUCGUUUUCGGUGGUAUCUUGAUUGGUGCGGCUUCGCACUAUCUUGCCACGUAAGCCCUGACGUAAUCGUAGGACAAGAUGGAAGGAAGCAUAUUAGAAAACUUGUUUAAUACUGUUAUAUUUUGUGUAUUCGUUUAGUUGAUGUGCAACCCGUCUGAUAGAAAGCCAAGCGAAAGGAGACAAAAAAUUAUCUCGUUAUCUUAUGCCGCACGAAAGGCGCAUUGUUUUACUAAUUUUUUGUUAUUAAUAGAUAUUAUUUAUUAUUACUUGCUUCCUUGUAUCAGUUCGGCUUUGGUGUUCGCCGAAUGUGCUUUGCAUCCAUUUGCAGCACAGAAACACAACAAUCUGUGCAAAAAUCGGUUAAUGCUAUAGGCAUCAUCGCAAGGCGCGUAGCUUUAAUGAACAGGAGAGGAACGUAGAACCAGGUAGAUGAAGAAGGAGAAAAAUAAAUACUCGAUAGCAGAAAGAAAAUCAGACAAAUGGAAACGAUUUUGAAAAGUAGCUGAUAAAUCGACCAACUUCCCUCCGUGUGUUCAUCUCCAAUUCAUUCGAAGUUAAAUGCUGCAGUUUGGAAUAGAUUCGUUGGCAAAAUCUCAUCCACAUACCUUCCCCUGUACAUUGAUGAUAGUCAGGAGUGUAUUUAUUAAUCAGUAAUAUGGCGAGAUGCCGUUAGCAGAAGCGGGAAUCAAUAAUAAGAACUGCCCAGAGGAGGCCCGUAGUGCGAUAGAAUAUCAGUAGCAUUAUACAUAAGGGAGAAUCGCGUAGCCGUCACGUUCAUCGAAAGGAGUCCGAAUCCGUUGUACCAGUGACACGAUAUGAGCAAUAUGAUGGCAACCUGGAUGUUGACGCGAAGGUGAGUACAGUGUUGCUUUCGGUUGCAUGCGUGAUUACAGUGUGUUACUGAUUACCCGAACGAAGAACGUCUUAGAUGGAUGGCUAAAGUAUGGUGUUAACGAACUAGAAUGCGCUAAGUAACGUCACUUGCUUGAUGCUUGAGGGCUUUUUUUACGUUAUUCCUGUUGUAUGUGAGCUUUUCAAAGCCAAAUUUACCUUCCAUGUUCAUGGUGUAUUCGAUAAAAAAUGGUAAAUCGUGACUAAAAGGAUUUGCUGAUACAAGUGUGAGUUGAUGGAGGAAGGUUUCCGUACGGCUUCUUCUUUAUCUGAGAAUAGAAUAUCUUUUUGUCUUCUCUAAUGCACGACCGACCGGCUAGGCUAGCUUUUAUAAGAAUCUAUAUAGACCUAACAGUAUAUUUAAAGGCCACUACUAAUAGUCCUAAGAGAACAUCAGAUCGCCAGCUAUGGUGUCCAGGAUAAAACUUUUUGCAAACGAGGAUCAGCUACCAUUUUUCGCAUUCAGGUUCACGAACAAGUGAGGAACGAAAAUACGAGACGUUUGUUUUUUCCCGCUGUGUGGCCAUUGAGAAUGCAGAGUACAAAAGAGAUAGUAAAAACAAGCGAAGAAAGCACUCGAAGGACAUGCAUGUUGAUCGUUCGCGUACUGCAAUUGAGAAUGAAAACUGGCGAGCCUGUAUACGGUAAGCAAAUAUGAACGUUAGCGCUGGAAACAUGAUUGGAAGCAUUGAGUAGAAACGAUAUCGAAAUGUAUUUGAUUAGAAGAGUCAUGAUCGAAGCAUACUGAACAGUCGCGUACGGUGUUGUACAAUUGUUCAAAGAAAUUCCGAAUGAAACAGUCAAAGCGUGCAUAGUGUAGAUCGAGAACUGAUCAGAGAAGGUUCGAGCAUCUUAGCUUCGGAGGAAAAAUGAGUACGAUUGCACUAGGAUAUAGUGGAGUAGGAAAAAUAUAUACAUAUAGAGAUAUACAUAGAUCACACAAUAACGCGCAGGAGGGAUUUCGGAUGGAAUCUUUCGCAAGGAGGCAAUACGCAUAUGGUUGGCAUUUUCGAACGCUUGAGUUAAUAUGUAUUAUAAAUGGUACGAAAACGGAAGUUAGUCGCAAGUCUGCGGAACCAUCGGAACUCGAAAAUAAACUACAGUUGAGGCAAGGAAGGAGAAAAAAAUGCAACAAAAACUGACGACGAAGAACAAAUUAAGUAAUAAAAAAGAGGAAAAAGCGACAAAAACUAUA